AGCAUCAAUGCUACGGUAGCAUGCUGCGAAAAAGAAGGCGGAUUCUUCCGUGCGUGGCACAAGCUUCAUCCCCUGGAUCAUGGAAUCAGAUGCCGAGCUCAGCUCAAAGCGCGAGGAAAAGGCAAAGUUUACGGAAUCUGAUGUUCUCCGCCGCAUUUUCUCGGCCGCUGUUAAUGUUAUCCCGAUGCCAUCUUCUUUGCCAACAUUAUCAUCUUGGACAGCUCUCUCAUGCCGACCAGCGCACGACCGUAGGCGCCAAAAGGUCAUCAAAUUCCGUGUCCACUCCUUUACCACGAAACCGUGAUGCUUCUAGCCAUCCUGCGGCUAUAUAUAUGCCACCGCCGGCUUGAACUGGUGUUGCAUUGCACCCAACGAGAAGUUCAGACUUUAGAGAAACCAACGAGAAGUUCAGACUUCAGAGACACCAACCAGCCAUGGGGGCGGCGCCGUCGAGACAGGAGGCGUCCACCGCCUCGUCGCCCACCGGGGAUGGCCGUGUCGCGCCGACGGCGCUCAGCGCUUCUACUACUUCUGACACCGCCAACCAGGCGCAGUCCAAGAGGGCGCCGGCUCCUCACAUGUUCCGGGAGAUCGUCGCCGGGGAGCAUGUCGCCAACGUAACCGCGCUGGAAGAUCAGGUCUCCACGGGGAUCUUCUUGGCCGGGAAAACAAAGAAGUACUGGGUAGAUGAGAGGACCAGGCACAACUGCUUCAUGCUGUUCCCCAGAGGCCUACACAUCACCUGGAGUGAAGACCCCAAAUACUGGACUUGGCACCCACUGAAAGAAGGAAGCGACGCCGAAGCCGGAAUCGAGACGGUGGCGCUGCAGAACGUCUGCUGGCUGGAGGUCCAAGGGAAGCUGGAGCUGUCCCACCUCACGCCAGGAGUCACCUACGAGGUCUUCUUCGAGGUGAAGCUUGACGACCCGGCCUAUGGAUGGUUGACGCCGGUGAACCUCCGGCUCAAGUUCCCCGACGGGACGAUCCAGCAGCACAAGGAGAACCUGGAGGAGAAGCCCAGGGGGAAGUGGCUGCUGGUCAAGGUUGGGGAGGUUAAGCCACACAAGGGGCAGAAUGGAGAGGCUGAGAUAUCCAUGUUUGAGUAUGAUGGUGGGCAGUGGAAGAGGGGGCUCCUCAUCAAGGGCAUCAAGAUCACCCCAAAAGAAUGAAUGAUCUGGUUGUGUUUUGUUACCAACCAUCGUUUACUUUUCUUUGUCGACUACGCUAAGAUCAGUUUGGUGCAUGGGAAUAAUAUCAAGAGUUUUGAAUGAAUAUGAGAUCACUUUCCUUGGUUGAGAUAA